AUGGCAGGAAUCCAGUUUGGAACCGCAGGCCUUCGUGGUCGGAUGGCGGCAGGGUUCUCCUGCAUGAAUUCCCUGACCGUCAUCCAGGCCUCACAGGGCUUAGCCAAGUAUCUCAAAGACAGACAUGCCGACAGCGCAGCCGGCGGAGUGGUCAUUGGCCAUGAUGCGCGGUACAACUCUGCCAGAUUUGCCCAACUAGCAGCCAACGCCUUCAUUGCACAGGAAAUCCCUGUAUGGUUCUAUGCCGUGUCAUCGGUUACGCCGACAGUCCCCUUUGGUGUAACCCAUCUACGUGCCGCUGCAGGUAUCAUGAUCACCGCCAGUCAUGAUACAAAGUGUCUGUCGUCAUACCUUCUCUACUUCAAGAAUGGCGCGCAGAUCAACACCCCCAUGGACGUGGAGAUAGCCCAAUCGAUUGAAGAAAAUUUGGCUCCAUGGCCCAAUGCAUGGAAGGACCUACACGAAGGAGAGUAUCUCCACAUGGACGCCUACCAAGACGUGCGACCUCGCUACACCGAAGCAGUCUGGGCAUAUACCAAAUCCAUCAAUCCGGCGUGGAACCCGAAACUCCAGAGACCAUUUGUCUACACGCCCCUGCACGGUGUAGGGGGCUUGGUCUUCCCAGACCUUUGUCGGUCCGUGGGAAUCCACGAUUACUUCCCCGUGCCAGAGCAGUUACAGCCUGACCCUGACUUCCCAACCGUAUCGUUUCCCAACCCUGAGGAGGCAGGUGCCCUCGAUCUCGCCAUGCAGACGGCCGACAAAGACGGCACCACUUUGAUUAUUGCACACGACCCGGACGCAGAUCGCUUUGCCGCUGCAGAGAAAGUCAAUGGCUCUUGGUUUACAUUCACCGGAAACCAUAUCGGCGUCCUCUUUGCAUCGUAUCUAUUUGAGUCCAUCGGCAGUCAAAAGACAAAUUCUCCAGUUGCCGUCCUCAACUCCGCCGUGUCCACCGGCAUGUUGGAGAAGAUGGCCGUAGCCAAAGGCGUACACUUCAAAGAAGCCCUAACGGGGUUCAAAUGGAUGGGUAAUAUCGCCCGUGAUCUCGAAGAACAGGGCUACUACGUCCCGUUCGCAUUCGAAGAAGCCCUCGGCUACAUGUUCCCGAACGUAUGCUACGAUAAGGACGGAAUCACGGCCGCGAUGGUAUUUUUGUCUGCGGAAGCACACUGGCGGUCCCAGGGUCUCACGCCCUACAGCAAACUGCAGCAAUUGUUCCAGGAAUUCGGACACUUCGAAACGCUUAAUAACUACUUCCGCUCACCCAGUCCAGAUGUCACGAUGAAGCUGUUCAGCGCCAUCCGCGACGGACCGUACAGAGCCGAGAAGUCGCUGGGUUCAUUCAAGAUUCUACGAUGGCGGGACAUGACCGAAGGCUACGACUCAGGCACCGCGGAUCUCAAGCCCACGCUGCCUGUCGAUAGCUCCAGCCAGAUGCUGACCCUCUGGUUGGACCGCGACGUGCGCUUCACUAUUCGUGCUUCAGGCACAGAGCCAAAAGUCAAACUCUACAUUGAAAGCUGCGGGGCGUCCCGGGAACAGGCAGUAGCGGCUGUCUGUGAUGCCUUCCUUGCAGUUCUGGAACAAUGGGUGCAGCCCUUUGCGCCGACAAUGACGUACAGUAAGCAGAUGCCGACGUCGUCUGGACAUCUUUUCCAGCUUUCUUGA